AUCUCCCCACCCCCCCAGCUUGCUCGGGAAGGGAGGGGCUGGGGGUUACGCCCCCUCCCCCAACACAGCUUCAGUUUCCCGGGGGGGUGACACCCCGGAUUACAUUCUCUUCCCCCCUCCCCCCGCACCAAGCCGAGGGGAACGUUGGCACCCCCCCGGAAGAUUCCAGGUUCCAGAUUCUUCACUGCAGCGGCCUCUCUGCUGAGAACAACCACCCGCCAGGCGUCCUGCGGCCACACCCUGGCGGGCCCAGGCUGGCUACGCCCACGCGACCCCCCUCCAGUCCUGUUGGUGUGGCCAAUGGAGGAGCUACGAAUGGCACGACCUGCCCGAGCUUGGCAGUCACCGGUCACACCGGGCUCGGACGCCUGGGAAGACUUUGUUGGAAGGGGAGGCGGGGAGAGGGUGCUGCACCCAUGCCAACCUCUCUCUCUCCCUGGAGUCGCCGAACCAUAGCGCAGCCAAUUGGCUCAAAGAUGUGGCGGGUUGCCGGUUCCCUAUGGGUCUAUGCGGCACUCUUCUGCCUAGUGACUGACACCUUGGAAAUGAAGCUUAUGACGUCAUCGCUCCAGCCAACCAAUAGAAAACGCUCCCGCGGAGAGGUGUUCCUCCCCUUUCGACUCAGCUUCUUCACGCGCGUGAGCGAGCGUGCGCGCGCGGAGGGGGUGGGGGAAAUCUCGAGCACGGUGGCGCGCAUGAGCGGCGAGGCUCCUCCUCCCUGCCUAUAUAUAAAGGGCUGGCGCGGGGCUCGGCGGCGCCAUUUCGCGCUGGAGUGGAGCAGCCUCUAGAACGAGCUGGAGGAUUCUGCCUACUGAUAGAGAGCGUUCGAGUCGUCGGGGGCCGCCAUUGCAAUCCACGUCCAUCCGUUUGGAAAUGGCCUUCGUCUCGGCCUAUGACCGGUCCCGGCGGACAGUACAGACCCCAUAGAAGCCCCCGGCGCUCCCCUUUUUCGGGCCCCGCCCAAUCCUCGGAGUCUGUCCACCCCCUCUACUCCGCCCUCAAGAGGAUUUCAAAGAUGGAGGCGGCGGCUCCUUAAACCACUUUUCGUGUUCAUCCGCCUCCAUCCGAGAUCGAAACGGGACCUCGUCCGCUGCGGGUAGUCCCAGCAGGAAGAGGGGAUCCUUGCAGAUCAACAGCGGGCAGUAUUGACGACGGUGGCCGGGAUUGGGGGCCGUCCUAGUGUUUGAGGAGUCCGUCCCCCCUCGCCCGCCCGCUUCUGCUGAGGCCGCCGCCAUUUUCUCGCUGUCCGCCUCCCGCGGAGCGCGCCAAGCUUCUGGGAGCUCUCCGAGAAGCAGCGGAGAAGACUUGCUUUCGUGCGGGCCCGGUGGGGAGGGGUUGUCGCCUGGAGGGCCAAGGGCAGCGGCCCUCCACCCCUCCCCGACUUCCCGGGUUAUGCUGGACCGGGAGGUAAGGGGAACCGAGGCCACCCGGACUUUCCGCGGCUGAGGGCAGCGCCGGUUCCCCGUGGUCAAGAUGCUGCAAAACGUGACUCCCCACAGCAAGCUCCCUGGGGAGGGGAAUGCAGGGUUACUGGGGCUGGGCCCAGAGGCAGCAGCGCCAGGGAAGAGGAUUCGAAAGCCCUCUCUGUUGUAUGAGGGAUUUGAGAGCCCCACAAUGGCUUCAGUGCCGGCUUUACAACUGACCCCUGCCAACCCACCACCCCCGGAGGUGUCCAAUCCCAAGAAGCCAGGACGGGUUACCAACCAGCUGCAAUAUCUGCACAAGGUGGUUAUGAAGGCGCUGUGGAAACAUCAGUUUGCAUGGCCCUUCAGGCAGCCUGUGGAUGCUGUCAAAUUGGGUCUGCCGGACUAUCACAAAAUUAUAAAACAGCCUAUGGAUAUGGGUACUAUUAAGAGGAGACUUGAAAACAACUAUUACUGGGCUGCCUCAGAGUGUAUGCAGGAUUUUAACACCAUGUUCACCAAUUGUUACAUCUACAACAAGCCCACUGAUGAUAUUGUCUUAAUGGCACAAACAUUGGAAAAGAUCUUUCUACAGAAAGUGGCAUCGAUGCCACAAGAAGAACAAGAGCUCGUGGUGACCAUCCCUAAGAAUAGCCACAAGAAGGGGGCCAAAUUGGCAGCACUCCAGGGCAGCAUCACCAGUGCCCAUCAGGUGCCUGCUGUUUCUUCUGUGUCUCACACAGCCCUAUAUACUCCACCACCUGAGAUACCUACCACUGUCCUCAACAUUCCCCACCCGUCAGUCAUCUCUUCUCCCCUUCUCAAGACCUUACACUCUGCUGGACCCCCGCUCCUUGCUGUCUCUGCAGCUCCCCCAGCCCAGCCCCUUGCCAAGAAAAAAGGCGUAAAACGGAAAGCAGAUACCACCACGCCUACCCCUACAGCCAUCCUGGCUCCUGGUUCCCCAGCUAGCCCCCCUGGGAGUCUUGAGCCCAAGGCAGCACGUCUUCCCCCUAUGCGUAGAGAGAGUGGCCGCCCCAUCAAGCCCCCACGCAAAGAUUUGCCUGACUCUCAGCAGCAACACCAGAGCUCCAAGAAAGGAAAGCUAUCAGAACAGUUAAAACAUUGCAAUGGCAUUUUAAAAGAGUUGCUCUCUAAGAAGCAUGCUGCCUAUGCCUGGCCUUUCUAUAAACCAGUGGACGCUUCUGCUCUUGGCCUGCAUGACUACCAUGACAUCAUUAAGCACCCCAUGGACCUCAGCACUGUCAAGCGGAAGAUGGAGAAUCGUGAUUACCGGGAUGCACAGGAGUUUGCUGCUGAUGUGCGGCUUAUGUUCUCCAACUGCUAUAAGUAUAAUCCCCCAGACCACGAUGUUGUGGCCAUGGCACGAAAGCUACAGGAUGUGUUUGAGUUCCGUUAUGCCAAGAUGCCAGAUGAACCACUGGAACCAGGGCCUUUACCAGUCUCUACUGCCUUGCCACCUGGGUUGGCCAAAUCCUCUUCAGAGUCCUCCAGCGAGGAAAGCAGCAGUGAGAGCUCUUCUGAGGAAGAAGAGGAAGAAGACGAGGAGGAUGAAGAGGAAGAAGAAGAGAGUGAAAGCUCUGACUCUGAGGAAGAAAGGGCUCAUAGAUUGGCUGAACUACAGGAACAGCUUCGAGCAGUACAUGAACAACUGGCUGCCCUGUCCCAAGGCCCAAUAUCCAAGCCAAAGCGGAAGAGAGAAAAAAAAGAGAAAAAGAAGAAACGGAAGGCAGAGAAGCAUCGAGGCCGAGCUGGGGUUGAUGAAGAUGACAAGGGAACUCGGGCACCCCGCCCAUCUCAGCCCAAGAAGUCCAAGAAAGCAAGUGGCAGUGGGGGUGGCAGUGCUGCUGCACUAGGCCCCCCUGGCUUUGGACCUUCUGGAGGAAGUGGCACCAAACUGCCCAAAAAGGCCGCAAAGACAGCCCCACCUGCCCUGCCUACAGGCUAUGAUUCAGAGGAAGAGGAAGAAAGCAGACCCAUGAGUUAUGAUGAAAAGCGGCAGUUGAGUUUGGACAUCAACAAAUUACCUGGGGAGAAACUUGGCCGAGUUGUGCACAUAAUCCAGGCCAGGGAGCCUUCUUUGCGUGACUCAAACCCAGAAGAGAUUGAGAUUGAUUUUGAAACCCUCAAGCCAUCCACGCUUCGAGAGCUUGAGCGCUAUGUUCUCUCCUGUCUACGAAAGAAACCUCGGAAGCCCUAUACCAUUAAGAAACCUGUGGGAAAGACAAAGGAGGAGCUGGCUUUGGAAAAGAAGCGGGAACUAGAAAAGCGGUUACAGGAUGUUAGCGGGCAGCUCAAUUCCACCAAAAAGCCCCCCAAGAAAGCAAGUGAGAAAACCGAGUCCUCGUCGGCACAGCAAGUAGCAGUGUCACGCCUCAGUGCUUCCAGCUCCAGCUCCGAUUCCAGCUCCUCCUCUUCAUCAUCCUCUUCUUCAGACACCAGUGAUUCAGACUCAGGCUAAGGGGCA